GCGCGCAGGCAGUGCUGUGGCCAGCCCGGCCGGCCCGCGAGGACCCCGCACAGCCAAGAUGGCGGUGCCCGUGCGGCGGGCGCGCAGCCUGCUCGAGCUGCCGGCGAUCCUGGGCCGGGGCUCCCGUGACUACCGGGCGCCGCCGCCCCCACGCCGCUCGCCAGGGCCCUGGUGGCCGGACCCGGACGACCCGCUGACCCCGCGCUGGCAGCUGGGGCCGCGCUACGCGGCCAAGCAGUUCGCGCGGCACGGCGCCGCCUCCGGGGUGGCCGCCGGUUCGCUAUGGCCGUCGCGGGAGCAGCUGCGCGAACUGGAGGCUGAGGAGCGCGAAUGGUGCCCGAGCCUGGCGGCCAUGCAGGAGUCGCUGCGGGUGCAGCAGCUGGCAGAGGAGCAGAAGCGUCAGGCCAGGGAGCAGCUCAUUGCAGAGAGAAUGGCCAAGAUGCCACAGAUGAUUGAGAACUGGCGGCGGCAGCAGCAGGAGCGCAGGGAACGGGAGCAGGCAGACAAGGAGCGGCGGGCCCGGCUGCAGGCUGAGGCCCAGGAACGCCUGGGCUACCAUGUGGACCCGAGGAGUGCCCGCUUCCAGGAGCUGCUGCAGGACCUGGAGAAGCAGCAGCGCAAACGCCUCAAGGAGGAGAAACAAAGACAGAAGAAGGAGGCCCGAGCUGCUGCACUGGCUGCUGCUGCGACCCCAGACUCGGCAGCCUCCGUGGCACCCAGGUCCUGAGCUAGCUUCUCCCAAUAAAAUCUGCUGCCCGACAGCCCUGGCCCUGCACAGUUGUGU